AAAGGGAAAUUUUUCUAUUUCUUUUUCUCUCUUUUUCUCUAUCUCUCUCCACGGGAAAUAAUCGAUAACGUUUCCUAAGUGACUUUUCCGAAGUUGAAAUCAAAACAAAAUUAUUCUCUAUUAUGCCUCGUCGUCAUUCUUCUUGCGUGAGCGAAAUUUUAAAUAAGUAUUUGGACCAGGAACAAGAAUUGGACAAAAAAUUGCACGAAUGUGAAAACAUGAGGCACGAAUUAUAUUCAACAGUGACUUUAGGAAACUACGAUUCAAUGACUCAUUUACAUUUAAAUAGAGAAGCUUCUUUAUCAAGAAAUCGACAAAUGCUAAAGGAUUUAGAAAUAUCGAAAGCUCGUUUGAGAACUUUCUCGGCUUUCUCACCGACAGAUCAAGAAUUAAAUGACAUCGCUGCAUUUUAUCGACGAAUUUUGGCAACUGAAAAAAAUUCAAAACGAUAAGAAUAGAAAAAUAAUAAUUAUUAUAAUUGUUAAUACUGGAGUUGCUGAUAAAAAAAAGAGUAAAUAAGUUUCUGUUACUUGAAAAAGACUUUUAAGUCUAGAAAUAUAGACAUAAAUAAAUUCCUUAUCUUGUUGAAGCAAUAUAAAAUUGUUUUUUAUCCUCUUUUUUAUAUUCUACUGAAAAGAAUAUUGUUGAAAAAAAUAAUUUAUAGUUGGACAAUUUUUAAUGUUAAUGUAAAAGAAAAUAAUAAAAAAAUAGUGUAAAA